UAAACGUGCAGGCGCGCGCCUACGCGUACGGCGUUAGGCCCUAGAUCUUUAAUGCAGGCAGCAUGCAGCAUGCAGUGGUCAACAAUCACUCAUGUCACCUGGUCACUUGAUGAUGUACUUCAAAUUUCAAUCGGCAGAGACAGCAACUGCCCGAAGCGAAGGCGUUAACCUUAGUACCCACCCUAACCAGCAAUAUGCCAGGAUAGCCCACGAAAUUCUCUCAACUUGCUUCCAGUGGGGUCCCUUGGAAGGAUUGGUAGAAGAUGUGGAAGGAAGUUACAGUUUUAGUGGCUGCUGUGUGCAAGUUGGUGAAAGGUCAGCAAACAUGAUGGGAGAAGGAGACAGUGAUGGCACAUUCUGGAAGCAGCAUCAUCGUGAACAUGGUCCCAAGACAAAUGCCAAGAAAUGGACUGAUAAGGAUAACAAUCCAUGUGUAGCAGAAGCCAAUGCAUCAUACAAGUGUCUUCAUGAAACUAACUUUGACAGAAAGUCCUGCCAGACCUAUUUUGUGAAUUACCAAAACUGUCAGCGAUUUUGGCUGAAAAUAUCAAAAGAGAGGCGGAAACUUGGGAUCAAACCACCACUUCCUACAGCUGAGGAAAGGAACAAAAUUCUUCAAGAUAUAGGAUAAGAAGCAUUCACAGUUUCACAAAGGCUCUUAAAUUUAUGUUAGAUUGAUACUUCAUUAAGUCAUCAGAGGUCAUGUUCAUCAUCAUCACAGAGUUCUGGAAAUCAUCAAUCCGGGGAGAUAGAAGAACAAAACUCUGUGGAAAGGUGGGAUGCUCAUGACAAAAUAAUAAUGGAUAAUGAAACACAGAGAGACAAGGGAGACUCACAUUGUGUGAUGGUCUGAAAUUCUGCAAGAAUUGGAUCUGACAUCAUGGGAGAACCAAAUACAUCCACAUGUACACGCAGACACUGCAGCUUGGAUUCAUCUAAAGCUCCUAGUCCUGCUGACAGAUAGGACUUUUCAUUAUUACCAUCCCUCAACAAGCGACUAGAUAGAUAUUUUUAAUAUAUGUAUGCUCAGAAUAGUUGUUUAAUAAAAUUAAAGUGUGA